AUGAAAGAUAUGACUAUGGCAGCUUCUGCUGCGAAGUUGGAUGCUUCAGAUUCAGAUGCUUUAAAUGCUACUGAAAUGUGCUAUUUCACCGACCCUGAAUCUGAUUACGAAGAUCUGAAUCGUCAAUAUAGUAAGACGCUAUCAGAUUAUAUGUUGUACCUUUUGGUCAUGCGGCCUGCAUUAAUGAAGUCUGCAGUAGCGAUUGAUGCGCAAAAGAGAUUCCACAUUAUGUUUGAGCAUGUCGAGCAUCUCAUGCAGCUGGAUGUUAAAGGAUGCAAGAGAUCUCGCAUUGAGUCUUCUCAAAUAAAUGAUAAGCCAAAAAGGUGGGAAAUGGUGGGCAAAGUGUGGGUGGAAAUGUUGCGCUUUGGAGCAAUUCAUUGCACAGGGCGUAGUCAUUCUCAGCCGCUCAGCAAGGGUGGAGAACUUAUUACUCUGGUUUCGUUGCUAAAUGCGCACUUUGGCUUAGGAUGGCAGUUCUCGAUAUCUAAGCUGUGA